AUGUUCGUGAACGGCUGGAAUUUUCUUGUUCAGGUCUACUACAUUCCUUCAUUCUACCAAUUGGUCUAUGGCUACUCAGCUGUGAAGUCCGGAGCACUACUACUCCCCAUCACGCUCACGCAAACACUCUUUAGUACCCUGUCAGGCCUUGUUGUUCACUGGACCGGUCGCUACAGAGAAUGUCUUCUUGUGGGCUGGGCGAUAUGGGCGAUUGGCCUGGGCCUGAUAUCGACACUCGACAGCCCUUCUCUCGGGAAGCAGAUAGGCUAUGGUCUGCUCGCUGGUCUUGGGCUUGGUAACACACUGCAACCCUCACUCAUCGCCGUUCAAGCGGGGGUGGAGCGCAAACAUAUGGCCGUCGUCACUUCGACCCGCAACUUUGUACGCAAUCUUGGCGGCACCCUUGGUCUGGCGAUCUCAGGCACUGUGAUCAACAAUGCGGUUCGAUCAUCGCUAGUCCCAUACGGACUUUCGAGCCCGGAAAUCCAGCUGUUGCUUAACUCGCCAGACAUGUUCCGGGGGUCAGUCGGCCAAGAGCGUACCGAUCUCGUUAGGGCUGCACUUGCGUCCGCGUAUCAGCAAGGCUUUCGGAUUGUUUUCAUCGUCGGCGCAGUACUUAAUGCGCUUGCAUUCAUCGCUGCUUGGUUCUUGAUGCCUCAGGUGGAACUGAGCAGAAAGGACGAUGCCCAACUGAAAGAAGAAGGCAAGAAGAGAGAUGAGGAAAAGCGCGGCACAACUUCCCCUGCAUGA